UUUCUCAGAAAAUGGCAAUAAACAAGCCCUAAACCUUAAUUUUUACCCCCAUUUCCAGUUAAUCUUAUCCCUUUUUUCCCACCAUUUUCGAUCAAUUCGAGGUCACCUCGUCUUAACAGUCCUUUGAUAGGUCCGAAACCUUUAUUUGUUCUUACAUUGCGACGACAAUGGUUGGUUUUCACUGUUAUUCAACCAAUCCGGUUCUUACACCCGAGUCCUUGUUCUCUAUAAAUUGUUUUACUGAUUGUCGCUUUAGUUUAGCCCUUUUAGGAUUUGAUUUGGAUUUUAGGGUUUCCUCCUGUUAUUUCUUUUUUGGCUUGAGCUCAGGAGCUUUAGGAAUUCAUGGAGGAGUGUCCAACACCAUCAUUUAAGGGGAUUGAAUUGGAUGGUCCAUACCGGCUUCUGCAUUGUUCAAGCAGAGGAGAUCGGGAUGGUGUGAUUCAGGAAAUAAGGAAAGGCGUAUCCCCAAAUGUGUCAGAUUAUGACAAAAGGACUGCUCUUCACUUGGCGGCCUGUGAGGGCUGCACUGAUAUUGUUGAGUUGCUUCUUGAGAAUCAAGCUGAUGUCAACUCUAUGGAUCGUUGGGGUCACACACCUUUAACAGAUGCUUACAGCUCUGGUCAUGAGGAGAUCUGCAGGUUAUUGGAGGGAAGAGGUGGAAUUGAUCCAGUGAGACUUGAUUCUGCACCAUGUUGUGAGAUUGAUCAAAGUGAGGUGGACAUGUAUGGUAAACAGCUUAUUGGAGAGGGUUCUUUUGGAGAAGUUUAUUUAGUGAAGUGGCGAGGUACGGAAGUGGCUGCAAAGACUAUUCGUUCUUCCAUUGCAUCAAAUCCACGGGUCAAUUAUACCUUCAGGAAGGAAUUUUCCCUGUGGGCUAAGUUGCGUCACCCCAACAUAGUACAGUUUCUUGGUGUUCUAAAGCACACUGAACGCCUAACCUUCCUCACUGAAUAUCUCCAAAAUGGAAGUUUAUAUGACAUCCUAAAGAAGAAAGGGAGACUUGAUCCUCGUACAGCUGUAUCAUAUGCUUUAGAUAUUGCCAGAGGCAUGAAUUAUCUCCACGAACAUAAGCCGUACCCUAUAAUACAUCGUGAUCUGACUCCGAGGAAUGUCUUGCUAGAUGAUUCAGGACACCUUAAGGUUACAGAUUUUGGUCUAAGCAAGAUAGCCCAAGAAAAGCGUUCGCUUGGCUCAUACAAGAUGACAGGAGGGACUGGGUCAUAUCGUUAUAUGGCACCUGAAGUUUAUCGCCGGGAAUCAUAUGGAAAAAGUGUUGAUGUCUUCUCCUUUGCCUUAAUUCUACAUGAGUUGUUUCAAGGGGGGCCCUCAAACAUGUCUGAACCACCAGAGGCAAUUGCAGAUAAGCGAGCAUAUGAGCAUUCACGACCAUCUCUCUCAGCGCUCUUCUACCCAGAAGACAUUAAGUCGCUUUUAAGGCAAUGUUGGCAUAAGAACCCCAAUCUGCGGCCCUCCUUUGAGACUAUCAUCACCCAGUUGGAGGCAAUUCAAGACUGUCAAAAAAGAAAGGCUAAAGCCAUGGGCAAGUGUGCAUCAGCAUCAUGUUGUGUUAUAUUAUAGUCCUCUGGACUUUCUAUUAAAAGUUGUGGUUAGGUUCUUUUUGGCUGUGUUGCCUCUAGUAGAUGGAAACAAGGAGCCGGGAAAAAAAAAACCGAUAAGAAAGAGUAGAUCAGCCUGGUUUGGCUAUGGUGCAAACUACAAAGGUUGAUUGUUUCGCCUCCCUCUUGUAGACAUGGCAUCUUAUGACUAAGCCAAAGCUUGAGGGACAGGAUAUGAUGAUGAUUGGGUUUGAUAAGAAGCCUGAAAGGGACAUUGUUCCAGAACCAGUUUGUGGUCGUUUUGGCCAAUUUGUAUGUAUUUGGAGCAUCAAUGGCAUUUUGGCCACCUUAAGUGGGGCUACUAAUAUUUUUCGAGAGUGACCGAACCAUGUUUGGGUUAAUACUUGUUUCCUUUUUCACAUGGAAAGGAAUUGGGGUUGCAAAACUUGGGAGUGAUACAUUGUCCCAAGUUCUGAUUAUUAAUAUUAUAUUGGUGGAUUGGUUGGAAUUCCAUCCUUAAUUCAUAGUUUUUUAUUUUCUUCUUUUUUGAAAUGAGGAAAACAUACUAUGUUCCACAUUACCAUAGAAAAUUUGUAUGGUUAUGUAUUGUAUUACCUUCCGAAAUAUGGAUGGU